CCCUCUUCGCUCUUUUUCUCCCUUCUCCCUCCUUUUCUUCUUGUCCAUAUUUACAAUUUUAUAUUUACUACCAUACUUUCUCAAUUGAGGGGUUGAUUGCCUGUUUUACAUAAGGGCUCAUUAUUAUCAUGUCGGCUCCGUCCGAUCCAUCUUCCUCCGCCUCUUCGCGAGGAACGCGUGUGCAUCACCGCAUCCUCGCUGAACUUGGCCUGACUUCAGUCUGGCAAUCCCCUCGAGAUGUCAAACUGCUCUGCGCCCAGCGCUUUGUGCGUCUCUUCGCUUACGGUGGUUCAACUCUAAUACUGGCUGCUUAUCUCUCAGCAUUGGAUAUCUCCGAUGAACGCAUCGGUCUUUUCAUGACCUUGACCCUGGUGGGCGAUGUCGCUAUCAGCUUCCUCCUCACUCUGUUCGCCGAUGCCAUGGGUCGCAGGGCCGUCCUCGCCCUGGGUUCAGCUUUGAUGGUCGGCAGCGGCAUCCUCUUUGCUUCGGUCGGCAAUUACUGGGUCCUUCUGGCGGCGGCCGUCUUCGGUGUCAUAAGUCCGAGUGGAAACGAAAUUGGCCCCUUCCGGGCUGUCGAAGAAUCGACUUUGGCCCAUCUGACCCCCAAAGAGAUCUUGAGCGAUAUCUUCGCUUGGUACUCGCUGAUUGGCAAUGCGGGCACCGCCCUGGGCAUGAUGACCGGUGGAUGGGCCAUCAACCUGCUUCAGGUUAUCUGGGGAUGGCCCUACAUCCCCGCCUGUCGAAUGAUCUUUUUUGCCUACGCCGCUAUCGGCGCGCUCAAGUUUCUCCUGUCUAUUGCACUGAGCUCCGCUGUCGAGGCCGAGACGAAGAAGCCUGCGCAACGGUCUAGUAAUGAGGGUGAACGACAACCUCUGCUGGGCGAUCAAACGAGCAACGCCGCCCCUCAAGAGCAGCAGCCUCAAAAGAAGAAAUCGAUCCUUUCUUUCCUCGGCGAUUCCGAGGUCGUCACCUUGUUUCUGCGACUUGCGAUCCUGUUCGCAUUGGACUCGUUCGCCUCUGGACUGGCAUCGCUGUCGUGGAUGACAUACUUCUUUAAGCGCAAGUUCUCCCUCCCUGAAGGGUCACUCGGAUCCAUCUUCUUCACAACUAGCCUUAUCUCUGCGGCCUCGGUGCUGGUGGCCUCAUCCAUCGCCAAGCGCAUUGGCAAUGUCAAGACCAUGGUCUUUACUCAUCUUCCCUCUGCUAUUUGCCUGGCACUCAUCCCAGUUCCUUCGGUUCUCCCGCUGGCGCUGACCUUUUUGGUGCUCCGCGCCUGCUCUCAAACUAUGGAUGUGGCUCCUCGCUCGGCCUUCCUUGCUGCAGCGCUGCCGCCGGACCGUCGCACGGCUAUCAUGGGAUCAAUCAAUGUCGUCAAAACCUGUGCCCAGAGCCUUGGACCUCUGUUGACCGGUAUCUUGGCUGAUCGAGGUGUCUUCGGGCUUUCAUUCACCAUUGCGGGUAUAUUGAAGGCUGUCUAUGACAUUGGCAUGCUGCUCAGUUUUGCCGGAAAGGAAAAGCAGCAGCGGCGACCGGCACCAAGAAAUGAAGAUGAAGAAGCCGCCUAAACUCUCUAGGCAGACUUUAAGGGUUUAGCCUUUGAGGAAGUAGCCUCAUAGGAUCAGAUCUUGGGCCCUGGAACAAGAGCUCCUGGUAUGGAUAUACUCUGUAAAAUCUAUCUAUAUAUCCUAAUAACCCUAUCUUAUCUACCUAUCAUUGAUUGUACAACUAAGGGAUAAAUAGAUAGAUAAAUAGAUAGGAACUGGGAUAAAUGACAUGCUAGCUCACCUGCA